AUAUUGGUUUUGAGCAUGACAAAUGAGGCUAAUUGCAAUCAGUUGAAUGAAGGUGACAAUGACAUCUAACAAGAAUUGGUUUUCAUUAAUAAAUCCGCACAUCCUUAGCCACAUCACUAGGACAUCAUCAAAGAACAAACUUAAGGAAAACAAUGUUUUCACUGACGUUUGUACUUAUCUUGCUUGGACUUGCAGCUUCCACACAGUGCCUCAUUGAUGAGUCUGAAGCCGAUGUUUCAAUAAAAUUAGAACGCGAAAGUCGUGCACUAAAACAGCUCAAAG